UGCGGCAGUAGCGCCGUACCGAGGCUCACUUCUCCGCGAUUCACCCCACGACGGGGACGUCGGCUCGAGUAACGCAAUCCGCUGAUACGGCCGAAACGUUGCAGGAAUCUUCUUAAGACGCCGGUGUCCUCUCUCGAUCUCUCCGACUAAGCUUCUCUGCACUUUCAGGCUCGUCGUAAGUGUAAGCAACAGCGCCCCGCUCAUUCCAACGACCAUGCCUUCCUACACAUCUAUCCACCUCAAGGAGAGGCCGCAGGACGCCAUCAUCGCCGGCAAGACCUUCGAGGCACAGCAACACCCUGUGCCGACCGCCGCAUCGCUCCAGGAUGGCGAGGUGCUGUUCCAGACGCUCUACCUGAGCUUGGAUCCCGCGAUGCGCGGCUGGCUGAACCCGACGCGCUCGUACAUCCCCCCCGUCAAGAUUGGCGCUGUCAUGCGCGGCAGCGGCAUCGGUCUUAUCGUCGCCUCCAAGAGCAAGAAGUUCCCCGUCGGCACGUAUGCGAGCGGCAUGGCCGGGUGGGCCGAGUACGCGGUGCUCAAGGAGAAGGAUGUCGAGCCGCUGGACCUCCCGAGUGGUGCGAUACCGACAGAUGCGCUGGGCUGCUUGGGCAUGACUGGUUUGACGGCGUAUUUUGGUAUUACCGAGGUCGGACAGGUCAAGGCUGGAGACUUCGUUGUUGUGUCUGGUGCUGCUGGCGCGACGGGCAGCGUUGUUGGUCAGAUUGCGAAGCUGAAGGGUGCCAAGGUGCUUGGUCUUGCCGGGGAGGAUAGCAAGGUUGCGUGGUUGAAGGAAGAGCUGGGUUUUGAUGAGGCUUUGAACUACAAGGAUCCUAAGUUCAAGGAAAAGUUCAGGGCUGCCACAAAGGGGUUCAUUGACGUUUACUUCGAUAACGUCGGCGGCGAAAUCCUCGAUUUGGCGCUGACGAGGGCGAAGCCGUUCUCUCGUUUCGUCAUGUGCGGUGCCAUCAGCGAGUACAACAACAAAAAGCCUCAGGGUCCUUCGAAUUACCUCAUGAUCAUCUCAAUGCGCAUUCGCAUGCAAGGCUUCGUUGUCUUCGACUAUGCUGACAAGUACGCCGCGGCGAGGAAAGAGCUCGCACAGUGGUUGUCAGAAGGCAAGCUGAAGAGGAAGGAGACCAUCAUCAAGGGUGGCAUUUCGCAAGCAGAGAACGCGCUGGUCGGGCUGUUCGAGGGAAAGAACACCGGCAAGACGCUAGUUGAGGUCGCAAAGCCUGAAGACGCGAAGUCUAAGCUUUGAGCCUGAUCCUGUCAACAAAAUGUACCAGUACCACAAUCGAAUGGCGUUCAAUGACUUCAGGACGUAACCUGAGAUCUGUCAAACCUCGCGUACAAUGUUGAGCAUGACAUUAGGCAUGUGACACACGAUGUCGUGCACCUGCACAGCAACAUUGCGGCUGAGCAUUCCAAUCAAACCGCUGUCCCCACAGUUCUUCUCCGAGGCAGAC